AAAUAGUGUGACCCUUGAGAUGCGCAGGCUUCCAUGGCUAUACGGCAGACUCGCAAAUCGAGGGUACGCGCGGAACACGGGACUUAACAGCUAUCGAGACGCUCACACAGAACGUACGCAGUGCCGUAUUUUAGACGGACGUAGCGUGGCGCACGUUAGGGAAGAUGCGCUUCGCCACCACGUGGAGACCGCUAAACCUACACCUAGUUUGGCCGUUUUACUUGUCGGUCAUAAUCCCGCCUCUGAGGUUUACGUUCGAAACAAACGAAUGGCAUGCGCUCGAGUUGGUAUCAACUUUUAUCUAGUGCGAAUGAAUGAUUCCGUUCGGCAAGAAGAGCUGAUACAUGAAAUUCAUCGCCUUAACGAAGAUCCGUUAAUCCAUGGCAUGAUCAUACAGUUGCCUUUGCCAGAAACAAUGGACGCGAAUCAGGUGUGUAGCAAAGUUUCGCCUUUAAAAGAUGUCGACUGUUUCACUCCGGAGAAUGUCGGCAAGUUGUGCCAUGGAAAUCCCUUAUUUGUUCCCUGCGCUCCAAAAGCUGUGCUUACUUUGUUGGAAGAAGCAAAGAUAACACUAGAAGGUACAAAUACACUGGUGAUAGGCCGCUCGAAGAUCGUUGGGCAGCCUCUGUCGAUAAUGCUGGGACACAGAGGGGCUACCGUAACUGUAGCGCAUUCGCUCACGCCUCCUGAAACGUUGGCCAAUCUGUGCCGUUGGGCUGACUUAAUCGUGAGCGCUGCAGGAGUACCACACCUUGUGCGUGGCGGAAUGGUACGAUCAGGCGCUGUCGUCAUUGACGUCGGAAUAAAUCGAUUGCCCAAAGGUGGAAUUGUGGGAGACGUACACUUCGAGGAGGUACGUCAAAAGGCGUCCGUUCUAACACCAGUCCCAGGCGGCGUUGGUCCAUUGACGGUUGUGUCCUUGCUCGAGAAUACAUUUCUCGCUUACGAGCUGCAAAGCUUCUAAGCUGGGAAUCUUCUAGUGAGGAAGUGUACAUAUUGGUGUGGUGAUGCGUUUUUAUUAUAUUGUUAUGACGUGUAAAUUGUAAAUAAAAUCUGUGUUGGAUUGU